AUGGACGAUAGCGAUGACGACUCGGACUUGGACCGAGACGUUCGAGCGAUCUUGGCGGAGUUCGGUCUGCGAGGAGACGAAGCAUCAGAGGCAGAACAGCCGACAGCGGCGAAGCGUGCCAAGCAAGUGCCGGAGACUCGCACUCCGCUCAAGUCGCGCUCAAGUGCUGCAGCCCAAGCCGGAUCGUCCUCAAGGUCAAAGCGCACACCAGCGAAGCCCAAGGCAGCCGAGGAAGCGCCUGCAGUCAAAACGCCACCAAAGAAGGCGUCAGCAAGCAAGACGUCCGCCAAGCAAGCUGCUUCCGCAACUUCGGUGAAGAGCAAAGCUAAAGCCAAGGACUCACAUGCAACCAGCACGGAAUCAAAGAAAAAGGUCCUCAGUGAGGACUCGAUUCGCGUCAGGGAUGCCAAGCGCUACUUCGCCAAGGUGGCAAAACAGCAAGGCAAGACGCACGUCGGUCCGUCAGCUAUGCCUAUCGAGGACGAAGCCACGGGCUUCCUCGCUUUUGGAGACGAUGAUGACGACGGGUCGGACGCAGCAGUCAGCGUCGAAGAUGGAGAUCAGGACGAGGCCGCAGGAAUCGAGAAUCCGGACUCGGAGAACUCUUCUGAAGGUGAAGACGCCGCCGAAGACAGAGCUAGUGCCCCCAGCACACCAAAGCGCAGGGCAAUUGCCUUCGAUAGGAGUCACCGUUCCCCGACGCAAAACGGCAAAAGACCCGAGAAGAACGCGCGGAAGAUUGUUCUCGACUUUGACGAAGAUGAAGAGGAGGAGCAAGUUGACCAAGAGCAGCACGCAAGCUUGGACGAGAUCGCGGCAACCACUCCCGCGCUCACUCGCGAAGCACUUUUGGAUGCCGUGCCCUACUCUAAGUUCUCCCCUGUGCUCGAGGGAGAAGGGAAGAACAUCCACGUUGUCGAGAAUAAGCGCAAACGGGGGAAAGAAGCGCUCUAUUUCGGCCUGCGACACGGCGAGACCCUCGUCUUUCUUGGCAUUGGUCAUGUAGAGGUUCUGCACGGCUGUGUUCAGAUGGGCGGUGCAGUCUUGUCCUCCAACGCGACAGGAAUCAAAGCUGCUGACGUGUUCGCUCCCAUCAGCAACCCGCUUCCGAUCCUCAAAUCGAUCUCGGCAGCGCAGUACACUGGGCAGAGUGCAGCUCUUGGUGUCUCGCAGAGUACUGCUAGUGUCGACAGCGACUCUGGCGUGGAUAGCAUUUUCGACAGCGUAUUCGACAGCAUCGUCAAAGUGACGCCUCUCUCUUCCCCUAUCACAGCACUCGGUGGAGCCUGUCCCAUCGGAGGUCUCGCCACGCCCUUUUCCGCAUCGCCUAGCCUCGUGCUCAACAAUGACGUUCAUCAGCUCGCCACGAUCAAGGUGUUGCUCGCACCGCCAGUCGACGAGCUCGUACAGAGGCAGAAGAGCCUCGCAGGUAACGGCGCCUUCUCCACUGCCGGUCUCACCGCCACAUACAUCCCUCACAAAUGGCAGCUCGCCCUGCACAGCCUGUCAGCAUCGGCACUGUCAGCAGCACAGCAUCCGCAGGAGGAGUCCGUCGUUGCCCUCAUUCGCGGCAAUAAGAAGGUUGGAAAGAGUACUUUCAGCCGGAUGGCCCUCGAGCGAUUGCUGUCCAUGGGCACGGUCGUGGGAGGGAAAGUAGCCUAUCUCGAGCUCGAUGUGGGUCAGAGCGACUUCGGACCACCAGGUAUCGUGGCGCUGCAUGUCUUCAGUCUCGACGACAAUGUUCAAGGCGAGGCCGCGGAAGAGAAGGAAAGCGAUGGCGCCGACCAUGCCACCGAGAAUGGACCCGAAUCAAAUGGGUUAGAGGCGGUGCCGCGCAUGGUCGGGUCCAACGUCCCUCACAGCUGCAUCAAUGUUGGCCCUGGCUGGUGCCAGCCACGUGUGCCACUUCGCGCACACUUCAUUGGCGACGUCUCUCCUCGAGAUGACCCGGAAAGCUACGUCGCUGCUGUGCACGACUUGGUCGAGUAUUUCCGCGAGCAUGUCCAGCCAGGACAGUCUCACGCGAGCAACGAUCCGCACCGAGUUCCACUCAUUGUCAACACGCAAGGCUGGGUCAAGGGUCUGGGCGCCGAUCUGGCUGCACGCCUCGAGCCUGUGCUGCGACCCACCCACAUCUUUGACGUCAUUCCUCGAGGCGCGUCCGAUGCCGUUCCUCCACCAACUCGUGGGCAGCCUUGGCUCGAUGCAGAAGGCGCCAUCCUCGGCUCCGGGCCAGAGAUCAUCACUCUGGAGAGCGUGUCGCAGUUGGAGUACGUGCAGGGUGCAUUCGGGCCGCAGCGAGACAGCAACGGCAGCUUCAAGCAUCGCGAAUCGCAGAACGGCGCUUCAAGGGCGGCCGACGACAAGAAUGGACCAGGUGACGGAGGCUCUGAUCCCCCUCGCUACAUCACCGAAGUCGGAUCGAAGCUGGCCGCCGCCGAGUCUCGAUUGCUCAACAUAAUGAGCUACCUGUACGCAACGCAGCUAGCCCCUGCUGGUCCUACAAAUGGCUUCGGGGUUCAAGGUGCUUGGGACUUCCGCGAGCCGCUAGUGCACCGUCCUCCCCUGGUCAUCGAUGUUGAGCAGGGACUCAAGGCAGGUAUCCGAGUUCUGACGUUUGGAUCGUCGGUGCCAGACAGCCACAAGCUCAUGGCUCUCGACUCGUCGAUCGUCGCCAUUGUCGUCACGGACAGCAGCAAUGCGCGACAGGAUCUGGAAGAAGAUCUGGAAAGUGGAGAGCAAGGCGGGACCACUGACGUGUGGAGACAAGCUUUCGAGCGAGCUGCUCAUCUCUCCGAGUCGGGUCGUCCGCUCACGAAGCGCUGUAUUGGUCUCGGUAUCGUCCGCUCGAUCGAUCCCGCUUCUGGUCAGAUCCAUCUUCUGACUCCACUGGAUCCGGCGUACCUGCAGGAACUUCAGUCGUCCACCGGCGCCAGCAUCGGGCUCGUCAAAGGCGCACUCGACUUGCCUGUCUGGGCCUCGCUCGACUACGAAACCAUCCAAGAGGCGCGGGAGAGCAGGCUCGACGUGCCACCUGCGAUCCACGACGCCACCUCCUCCUCCAACGGCGCAGCCAGCAACGGUGACGAGGUGACCGCAGGGCAGCAGCUUCUCGCAGGCAUGCCUCGCAACAAAGUGCCUUAUCUUGAAUGGCCUCACUCCGGCAACGUCUCGUCUCGUCACAAGGGCAAGCACGCCGCUGCCAACGGCAGCGCAAGCAUCAUCCAGCUCGGCUCGGAGAAGCGUCGCGUGCGUCGCAACCUCAUGCGCAAGAGUCAAUUUGUUUAG